UGAUGCCCAAGAUUGGUCCUAGAGAUGUACACAAAGAGAUUUAUACAGAUGCUCAGUUAUCUCAGUGACAGACCCAGUGAACUUACAAAUAUUGAUAAUUUGAAGAGGUUGAAGAGUUGCUUGUCACUUUGAAUUUGGAUAUAAAGAUGCAUGCACAGAGGUACGUCAUAUUUCAACAAGCGAAUUUUGAUAUCCUCUGUGUGCAAAUUGGUGUAAUUAUAGGAGAC